UCUCUAACUCCAUCAUGGCUAAGAAGGACGUUGCUGCCAAACCCUCAUCCUCCUCCGGAGGCAAGAAGGCUAAGAAGAAGUGGUCUGCUAAGAAGGUCAAGGACAAGUCCAACAACUUGGUUGUUCUCGACAAGCCCACCCACGAGCGUUUGUUCAAGGAGGUCCCUACCUACAAGCUCAUUUCCCAGUCCGUCCUCGUCGAUCGUCUCAGACUCAACGGUUCCUUGGCCCGUAUUGCCAUCCGUGAGCUCGAGGCCCAGGGUUUGAUCAAGCCCUUGUCCCGCCACCACGCCCAGGUUAUCUACACCCGUGCUACUGGUGACGAGAAGAAGCCCGAGGUCCAGGCCGAGGCUGCUUCUGAUGAAGAGUAAAGAUAUAUAUUUAUUCAUUUAUUAUUAUUAUAUCUUCAUUAUAAUUCAAUAAC